AUGAUUCCAACCGUCGCGCCGUUCCCCACCGUCCAACCGCACCACCGCACACACCAUUAUCCGACUCAGGAUGGCUCGCAGCCCAUGUAUGAAGCGAGCGACAAUCUGCCCUUUCGCACCAACCCCUCCAAAGCCUUCUGGAAUCCCAUCUCGCGAUCGCGCCUUCAGCUCCCCCACCCAGUGCAACGUCUCGAUGCCCGCGAUGCCUCCGGCGCGACCUCCACCGCCAAUCUGGGAGAGCAUGCCCUACGACGGAAGACUCCCAGUGGAACCUUGGCCGCGGGGUACGAUGGGACCCCAGGAGAUACCACAAUCCAGCCAGCCUCCAAGCACAUCUUGGUCUCACCGAUGGAAUCCGGCCAAUUUCUAUUCCAGGCUGGGAUGCAGCCCGAAAAUUGGCUGCCCAUGGUAGACCAGUCUGCCUCCAAACACAUGAACUUUCCGCCAGUCUUCAAAAAUGACGGCAAUGCGUUGCCUGGCGAAGUCAUUCAAGAUGCAAACGGGACGAGCUGGGUUCGCCCGGUCAACUAUCCUCCAGGCGUGGACUCGGUCCUAAACCAGAGUUUACCGUUGUAUGGGAAUCAGCGCAUCCUCCUACAGAACGGGGCAUAUGUGCCCACAGUCCUCCCGGCAACUUUACAGUCAUGUCUGGGACCAACCGCUUCGGCGGGCAGUGGUCCUUAUGGACCGUAUUGGCCUGAUGGGGUGUAUAUUCCUUACCGUCCUGCUGCCUUCCGUGAUGCACGUUAUGAAUCUCCGACUCCCUUUGCAAAGCAGCUGAACCCCACGGGUCAGCCUUUCUAUGACCUGAACCAGCCGGUAUUUAACCAACCCCAGGUGCCCUUGGACAGUCGUCCAGAUCCAGGACUGGCGUGGGGUCAAUCGAUGCCGGGAUUACCUCAGGACCCUCUCAUGAAAACGCAUUUCCCUCCACGUCACUCCGAUCAGCUACCUUUCCACGCCCGAGUCAAUCGACCUGUAUCAGCAUUUCCCCCGCAAGCGCCACAGCCUCUGAACGAUCCUGUCGCCUGGAACAAUCGCCCGUCGACACACGGGUUUCAACAGCCAGGACCUGUGGUAGCAGCGAAUGUGGAAUUCAAAGAGAAGGUGCUGUCUUGGGCACAUGGGGUCUAUGUAGAUCUCCUUGCAAAUAUCCAUCAAGCCCGUCGCAACAGCAUCUCCAACGGCACUGCGGACUCUCACCCCCGAUUUCAAAAACCUGUCAUUUAUCCCAAACCUCCUCGCCAACCCGGCCUUGAUUUCUCUCAACCUACUCCCCCAGAUCUUACCCGCCAUAAUAGUUACCCCGCUAGUCAAUAUGAUCUUCAACGACAGAAACCGCAUAUCAUGGGCAACGCCAGACCACAUGAUGCGACGCAAAUACCCAUACCCCGUGCUCACACUCGACGCCCAUCUUUGAAUCAAUUCGCCCACAGCAGAGGGUCUGAUACUCAAAUGCUCGGUCUGCGCGACACUGGCCGUCCCAUAGGGGUAUCUCCAUUCACUCGAGCCUGUGGCUCACUGUUCAACGAAGGAUCACCGGGAUCCAAUGCCGCAUCCGCCCUGGACAUGCUAUCCCAUCUCUGUGCAGAAAGCCGAUGGGAAUGGAUCGAUGGAAUGCUCCUCGGAGGCUGCCUAGCAUAUGGCUUAGGUGACUAUCACAAAGCCACUCGAUGGUACUCCAGAAUCAUCGCCCGUGACUCAACACACGUAGAAGCGAUCUCCAACCUCGCCGCAACCCUUUUGGCACUUGAUCAACGAGAGGAAGCCCUGCGAAACUGGUUGCGGGCUGUCAAGUUACGCCCGAGCUUCUUCGAAGCCGUCGAACAUUUAAUCGGCUUACUAUGCAGCAGCCACCGAGGCAAGGAAGCCGUCAACAUCAUUGACUUUGUUCAGAACUCUCUUCGUCACCCUAAGGAUGGCGAUUGCUUCAAGACGGACGAACAUGCCAGCGAGCCUGAAAGUGAUGCCGAGAGCAAUGUGUCUGAUGUCUGCAUGUAUGACAAAGCAUCGUUCGAAUAUGACGAUGACAUGGGACGUACUCAGGGCUUUGAGCCUGGCUCACCAGAUGCUAAGCCCAUUGGUUUCGCAACCAGUGGAUAUGCAAUUCCUGGUUCGGAUAAUGGGCGAAUGCUAGCCUUGAUUCAUGCCAAAGGAAACAUGCUCUAUGCUCUCGGUGAUAAUGCCGGUGCUGCGUCUGCAUUCGAGGAUGCAGUCCUCAUCGCUGCUGGUCGAAGACGCCAUGGUAUCCAGAGCCUUAUCAAGCAGAUUUUUGCUGCUUUCUCCGGUAGUCCCAGUGGGUAUCCUCAAACCGAGCAUGAGUCCAAGGAAAGCAUCCUACUUUACCCUGAUAGAGCAUUGAAAACCGCCAAGCUAGUUUUUGAAGCCGGUGGCAUGCCGCCGGGGCUUCAAUUUGUGGCCGAAGGUAUGGCUCGCAAUGCGGCCAUGUCAACCACCAGCAACUCUCUUCUUUCAUUGGCAAAGAUCUACCAGGAUGGCAUGUCCAACGUCUCGGCAGGAGCUCCUAGGUCUGCGCCUGGUGUGCGGGACAUUUUGGCCCUUUACUACCUAUCCCUCUCUCUUCAACCCAGUCCAUCUACCGCUAAUAAUGUUGGCAUUCUACUGGCUGGUAUUCACAACAACCCACCAGCCAGAGGCUUGGUCCGACCGAAUGGGGAGAGCCAACACCCCGAAAUUCCUGGCGUGGCCCCUGGUAGUGGGAUUUCCCUAGCGCUGGCCUACUACAACUACGGCUUGCAUCUUGAUGCACGACAUGCCCAUCUUUACACCAACCUCGGAAGUCUUCUCAAAGAUAUCGGUCAGCUUCAGGCCGCUAUCAAGAUGUAUGAGCAAGCUGUUCAGUGCGACAGCAAUUUUGACAUUGCCUUGGCAAAUCUAGCCAAUGCUGUUAAGGAUGCUGGAAAGAUCAAUGAUGCCAUCUCAUACUACAAACGCGCCGUCAAAGUUAACCCUGACUUUGCCGAGGCUGUUUGCGGGUUGGCAAAUGCUCUGAACUCCGUCUGCAACUGGGUCGGUCGUGGUGGUGUCUCCAACACUCGUGGCUUCCGCGACCGCUGGCACGUAGAUGAAAAGGGAAUGCUUCGGGAUUCUCUAAGCUCUGACACAGGAUCUGGAUGGAUCAAAAGGGUUGUCGACAUUGUCGAUCGGCAACUCAAAGAAGGCGAAUAUUGGGGCCGUGGCUUGUUGACUACAGCCACAGCAGAGCAGCUGUGUCAACAGAUGGCUCCAGCCUUGGAUUCCAGCCGUUUCGCCUCCAGUCAACGAAGCUCCUUGGAAAAGCUCUUCCAGUCUUGGGCUGGGCAGAAAUGGGAAGGAUCCCGCAUUGUUCGGCUUAUUGAGCGAGCUAUUCGGUCUCUCACUUGGCAAUGGUACCAGGAUCGUUAUGUCUAUGGUAAAGACUACCCUCCUUCAAAGUACCGUCGACCUCAACUUCCCGGCGCACUUACUGCUCCAAGUGCUCCUACUGUUUUGCCUUUCCAUACGUUCACCUGUCCCCUGACAGCCAAGCAAAUUCGACAGAUCUCUCAGCGGAAUGGUCUGCGCAUUUCGACGUCAACUUUGCGACUUCCAUGGCUUCCUCCUACCGUCUUCCCACCACCUUCUCCGCCGAGCCCACAUCUUCGUGUUGGAUAUGUGUCGUCCGACUUUAAUAACCAUCCUCUUGCACAUUUGAUGCAGUCGGUUUUUGGACUGCACAACCCCUCUCGAGUUAGGUCAUACUGCUAUGCUACCACUCCCAGUGACAAAUCAGUGCAUCGUCACCAGAUCGAGAAGGAAUCAUCUGUCUUCCAUGAUGCAAGUGGAUGGUCGGUUAACCGAAUCGUCCAGCAGAUUAUCGAGGAUGGUAUUCAUAUUCUGGUCAACUUGAACGGCUACACUCGAGGAGCUCGUAAUGAGGUCUUUGCAGCGCGCCCGGCCCCCAUUCACAUGUCAUUUAUGGGCUUUGCGGGCACCCUCGGUGCUGAGUGGUGUGAUUACAUUCUUGCCGACACUCUUUCCAUUCCUCCUGAGACUUUGAGCCCUGGACGUCGUACGACACGCAUUGAGGAGCGCGUCUUGGAAGAGGAUAAUGGCGAGGAGCUAGAGGAUUGGGUCUAUGGAGAGAAGAUUGUCUUCACUCGUGAUACUUUCUUUUGCUGUGAUCACCGGCAGAGUGCCCCAGAUGCCGGCGAAAAGCAUGUAUCCUGGGAAGAAGAACAAGCGCGGCGGUGGAAGAUGCGCAAGGAACUGUUUCCCAAUUUGAGCGAUGACACAAUCAUCCUCGGUAAUUUCAAUCAGCUCUACAAGAUUGAACCCACAACGUUCCGAACAUGGCUGCGCAUCCUCGCGCGCAUCCCCAAUGCUGUCCUCUGGCUUCUCCGCUUCCCAGACCUAGGCGAGCAAAAUCUCCGCGACAUCGCCAAAGCCUGGGCUGGCGAAGAAACGGCCUCCCGAAUAAUUUUCACCGACGUUGCACCCAAGAAUACUCACAUCGCCCGAGCAAAGAUCCUAGACCUGUUUCUUGAUACCCCCGAAUGCAACGCCCACACCACCGCCACCGACGUCCUCUGGAGUGGCACCCCGCUGCUCACCCUCCCACGCUACAAGUACAAGAUGUGUUCGCGCAUGGCGAGCAGCAUUCUCAGCAGCGCCCUUCCGAAAUCCGAGGCUGGUCAGCACGCGCGCGAUGAUCUGAUCGCUUGCUCUGUUGAGGAUUAUGAGAAUAAAGCUAUUCGGCUUUGUAUGGAUCUGCACUAUCCUUCCACUGGCGAGGGUCGCGGUCGUCUCGCGGAGCUCCGACAGAUGCUCUUCCGAGAGCGGUAUCAGAAUAAGCUCUUUGACACGGCGCGCUGGGUGCGCGACCUCGAAGGUGCCUAUGAGGCAGUGUGGACACAAUGGGUCAAUGGCGAAGAAGGCGAUAUCUGGUUAUGA